AUGGCCAAAUCGGCCCGCUCCAAAAUCAAACGGCACUUCCGCGCCAAAAAGCGCACAGAGGGCAUCUACGCCGCCGUCGAGGCUGCGCGGCUCAACCGCCUCGCCUUGAAGCUCAAGGCCAUCUCCACCGCCGACGACGAAGGGGAGCGCAUGCAGCAGGACCCGGCUCAGGCGCAGGGGGGAGGAGAGGGCGAGGGCGAGUGGGAGGACAUGCCAGAUGAUCAGCAAGCGGACGACGCCGCAGCCGGCCCAGAUGCGAUGGCGCUCGACUCGGGCUCAUCCACGGACGCUGCGAAGCUGAUAUCGACACAUGGUCCGCGGGGCUCGCGGCACGAGGAGUGGCGGGCGUCGAAGGGCAUGGCGCCGCGGUCGCAGUCGCGAGGGAUAAAUAGGCAGGGUGGGGUCAAAGCGCGGAGGAAAGCGGGACGUCCGCAACGCAGACGAUGA